GACGUGCAAUCGGUCGCCAGAUUAUGGUGCGACGGGAGGAGAGUGAGGUGGCAGCGGCUGGCAGUAGCAGAUUCCGGUACAAGAGCAAGUGACCGCUUUGCUGUGUCAUUUUUUGUCCAGGACGCGAUUCAUUUACUUCAAGAACAAGGUGUUGCUUUCUUUACCAAGGUCCUGUGCUGUUCACCGCUGCCAUGUCGGCGAAAGCCAUCUCAGAGCAGACAGGAAAGGAGUUCUUGUAUAAGUAUAUCUGCACCUCUGCGGCUGUGCAGAACCGCUUUCGCUAUGCUAGUGUAACUGCAGAGACUGAUUGGGACCGCCUCACACAGGAGCAUCCAUGGCUGCUGACAGAGCGGCUGGUGGUGAAGCCAGAUCAACUGAUCAAGCGGCGUGGGAAGCUCGGGCUGGUGGGCAUCAACCUGGACCUGCAGGGUGUCCGGGAGUGGCUCAAUGGCCGCUUCAUGAAAGAGACCACUGUGGGAAAGGCAAAAGGUGUGUUGAAGAACUUCCUCAUUGAGCCAUUUGUCCCGCACGUACAGGAGGAAGAGUUUUAUGUGUGUGUCUAUGCCACACGUGAGGGCGACCAUGUGCUUUUCCACCACGAGGGCGGAGUGGAGGUGGGUGACGUGGACGCCAAGGCCCAGAGGCUGAUGGUCGCAGUGGAUGACAAGCUCAGUGAGGACCAAGUCAAAGAGCAGCUCCUCACACAUGUUCCUGAUGAGAAGAAAGAGAUCCUGGCCAGUUUUAUAGUGGGGCUCUUCAACCUGUAUGAGGACCUCUACUUUACCUACCUGGAGAUCAACCCACUUGUCGUCACUCAAGAUGGAGUGUACAUCCUCGACAUGGCAGCUAAGAUUGAUGCAACAGCAGAUUACAUCUGCAAGGCUAAAUGGGGUGAUGUGGAGUUUCCUCCUCCCUUUGGUAGGGAAGCGUAUCCAGAGGAGGCCUACAUAGCAGAUCUGGAUGCAAAGAGUGGAGCGAGUCUGAAGCUGACCCUGCUGAACCCUCGAGGCAGGAUCUGGACCAUGGUGGCUGGAGGAGGUGCUUCAGUAGUCUACAGCGACACCAUCUGUGACCUGGGUGGAGUGGAUGAGCUGGCAAAUUACGGCGAGUACUCGGGCGCACCCAGCGAGCAGCAGACCUACGACUACGCCAAAACCAUCCUUUCUCUCAUGACACGUGAAAAACAUCCUCUAGGGAAAGUGCUGAUCAUCGGAGGAAGUAUUGCCAACUUCACCAAUGUAGCAGCCACAUUUAAGGGCAUUGUCAGGGCCAUUAAGGACUACCAAGGUCCUCUGAAGGAGCACGAGGUCACCAUAUUUGUUCGACGUGGCGGGCCCAACUACCAGGAGGGCCUGAGGGUGAUGGGGGAAGUAGGAAAGACCACAGGUAUUCCUAUCCACGUGUUUGGUACUGAGACCCAUAUGACAGCCAUUGUUGGGAUGGCUCUGGGCCACCGACCAAUCCCUAACCAGCCCCCAAUGGACGCACACACAGCCAACUUUCUCCUUAAUGCCAGCAGCAGUGCAAAGACUCCAGCUACAACAAGGACAGCUUCAUUCUCUGAACCCAGGACGUCCAACGAUGUCACUCCAGCUAAAAAGUCCAAAGCAGGUCUCCCACCAGACUCUCUUCAUUCUAUACUGUGGCCUCUGAAGAAUAUGGUCACAGGCGAUUGGAAAGAAGCUCAGGCCUCUUCAGGCUGCAGCGGAGCCAAGGCAACCACACUGUUCAGAAAACAAACCAAGGCCAUUGUCUGGGGCAUGCAGACACGUGCUGUACAAGGCAUGCUGGACUUCGACUAUGUCUGCUCCCGGGAUGAACCCUCUGUGGCAGCCAUGGUCUACCCCUUCACUGGAGAUCACAAACAGAAGUUUUAUUGGGGCCACAAAGAGAUCCUGCUGCCAGUUUAUAAGAACAUGGCCGAUGCCAUGAAGAAGCACCCAGAGGUGGACGUCCUGAUCAGCUUUGCUUCACUGCGCUCGGCUUUCGACAGCACAGUGGAGGCCAUGCAGUACUCACAGAUUCACACCAUCGCCAUCAUAGCUGAGGGCAUCCCUGAAGCUCAGACGAGGAAGCUGAUCAAGAUGGCGGAUGAGAAAGGCGUCACCAUCAUUGGCCCUGCAACGGUUGGUGGCAUCAAGCCUGGCUGCUUUAAGAUCGGCAACACAGGUGGCAUGCUGGACAACAUCCUGGCUUCCAAACUUUACCGUCCUGGCAGCGUGGCGUAUGUGUCUCGCUCUGGAGGGAUGUCCAACGAGCUGAACAACAUCAUCUCACGCACUACAGACGGUGUUUAUGAAGGCGUGGCCAUCGGAGGAGACAGAUAUCCAGGCUCCACCUUCAUGGAUCACGUCCUGCGUUACCAGGACACUGAAGGGAUUAAGAUGAUCGUGGUGCUGGGAGAGAUUGGAGGCACAGAAGAGUACAAAAUCUGCCAAGGCAUCAGAGAGGGCAGGAUCACCAAACCUGUGGUGUGUUGGUGUAUUGGAACCUGCGCCACCAUGUUUGCUUCAGAGGUUCAGUUCGGCCAUGCAGGAGCCUGCGCUAACCAGGCUUCAGAGACGGCAGUAGCAAAGAACCAGGCUCUGAGGGACGCUGGAGCUUAUGUACCAAAGAGCUUUGAUGAGCUGGGAAAUGUUAUCAAGACAGUUUACGAUGAACUGGUGGCCAACGGUACCAUCAUUCCUGCUGAGGAGGUGCCUCCCCCAACAGUACCUAUGGAUUAUUCCUGGGCCAGGGAGUUGGGCCUGAUCCGUAAACCAGCCUCCUUCAUGACGAGCAUCUGUGACGAGCGAGGCCAGGAGCUCAUCUACGCUGGGAUGCCCAUCACCGAAGUCUUUAAAGAGGAGAUGGGUUUAGGAGGAGUGUUGGGUCUGCUCUGGUUUCAACGCAGGUUGCCUCGCUACGCCUGUCAGUUCAUUGAAAUGUGCCUGAUGGUGACUGCUGAUCACGGGCCUGCUGUCUCUGGUGCUCACAACACAAUCGUCUGCGCUCGUGCUGGCAAAGACCUCAUCUCAAGCCUCACCUCUGGCCUGCUCACCAUUGGGGACCGUUUUGGAGGUGCUCUGGAUGCAGCAGCCAAGCAGUUUAGCAAGGCAUUUGACAGCGGCAUGCUGCCCAUGGAGUUUGUCAACAAGAUGAAGAAGGAUGGCAAGCUGAUCAUGGGCAUUGGCCACAGGGUCAAAUCUAUCAACAAUCCAGACAUGCGGGUGCAGAUUCUGAAGGACUUUGUUAAGCAGCAUUUCCCUUCCACCCAGCUGCUCGACUACGCCUUAGAUGUAGAGAAGAUCACCACUUCCAAGAAACCCAACCUGAUCCUCAACGUAGACGGUCUCAUUGGUGUUGCCUUUGUGGAUCUGCUUAGGACGUGUGGUGGCUUCACACGAGAUGAGGCUGAUGAGUUUGUGGAGAUCGGUGCACUAAAUGGGAUCUUUGUCCUCGGCCGCAGUAUGGGCUUCAUCGGACACUACCUGGACCAGAAGAGGCUGAAGCAGGGCCUGUACCGCCACCCCUGGGACGACAUCUCCUACGUGCUUCCCGAACACAUGUCCAUGUAACCCCACAGCGCAGAGUGGGGCUGACUUCCAGAUGCGACUGUCUGGCAGCUUUACACUUCUCACUUAACAUAUUUACACUGCGGUUAUGACAGCAGCUCCCAUUGGGGGAAAACUAAUCAGGAUGAUUCUGGAAAGUGGAAGUACUGUCUGUCUAAGGGAUCUGGGUCGAGCUUUUCAGUCUAGUUUUUAUGGAGAAAAAGGGGAAGUAUAUUUUUAGAUUUAGUUUUUGACAAAUUAUUUAAAAAAAUCUUAGGCGUAACUUAUUCAGUUCUGAGGAAUAAACAGCCAAACUAACGCAAAUUAAAGAGCACAAAAUCAUGCGGUACAUAAAAUUGGAUACAUCUCGUUUGCGUAGUCGAUACGAGAGCAAAAAUUAAAGUGCGUUCAGUUCUGACUCCUGCAUUCUGGAGUCUGGAUAGUUAAUCUGCAUUAACAGCUGCUGAUGUGGAAUUUGUUCAAGCUCAGCAAUACAGUAACAUGUCUUUUUCUACUACUUAUUGAAGUUCUGAUUUACUGGUACUCAAAUCGAUAUUUGCCUGUUUUAGGCCACAGGAAAGUGUGCUUAGGUGUGCUUUCUGAGUGCUGCUCCUUGGUUUAAACUCCACCAAAUCCCGACGUAACAUCGGUUUUUGAAUUCUUUCUCCGCGUAAAACUCCCACUGAGAACAUUUUUGUUUGUCUUCAAAAGGUACACCAAAAUUAUUUUUGGGAAUUUGUUAAAAGUUAGAGAACAGGGUCCAGUGGUAUAUGUUACAUAUGUUAUAAAAAGGAGGCAUUAUAAUGGAAUAAAGAACGUCAGCACACGUCACUAAACCAUAGCCUUUCCUGGAACAGCCAUGUUUACAAUCCCACUUGUAAAUAAAUGGUUGGAAUUCAUCAGUUACUGUAACUUAUAAACCCUUCUGAGGUGUUCAAGUCUUAAUGUAAAGUUCGAACUUGCGUUGCUUUUCUGAAUCUGCAGCAAAAUGCUUCAUGAAUGAGCCCUGUGAGUCUCUAAAGCAUGUUUUGGCGAGGGACCAUGAAAGCGGUUUGCGUUACUUGGAGAAAUGAUUGCACAUAAUACAGAAGUCGGUUCUCUGAAGAAAUUGGCCAACUUUCACUAAAGACUUGACACCAACUCAAAACAAUCUGCCCCACUGUAAUGCCUGCUGUGGUUAAUCUUUGUUUGCUGUCUUUAUUUAACUGUGAAAAAAAGCUUUGUUUUUUGUAAUAUGCUGUCAUAUAGUAGUAAAAUAAAAGAACUUAUUGCUUUACUUUUCA